AUGCGACGCAUCUGCGCGCGCUUCAGAGGACUGCGUGGUAUUGCCGCUCCACUCCUUGGUGCAAGUGGCGGCAGCCAGGGAAAUGUGGGUGACGUGGAGAUGUUGCAGAAUUCCGCCGACUCGGACCGCCUCACGGCCGUAGAGCUCCACGUUGUCCACGCACCGAUUCUCAGGCGUCUUGCCGUCUGGAGUCUUGCCACUGUCUGCGUGGUCGCAAGUGCUGGAUUAUUCGCGCUGCUGCUGAACGAGUGGGUGCAGAAUCCUAACCAAAGAGGGUGGCUCCUGCUGGGCUCUGCGUUCUACGUUCUGGCAUCUCUGAAAUGUCUCUGGAAUGAGUUGCAAAGGAUCUGGACAGAGACAAUGACGCUGCAAGCUUUCGUGGACCGCCGAUCGUCCAAGAGCCUGUUUGAAGGCAUCACCGAACACGUAGAGAAGGCAUGCAACCUCAUCCUGUUGCGCUGCCGCGCUUUUGAUGCCUGCAUGUUCCCCGAAUGCUGUACAGUGCCGUUUUUAAUACAUGCUCCGCGUGCGGAUCAUGAAUGA